CCGGGUCAGAGUCAGGCUGCGGGUUUGGGGCCGGGGUGAGAGGGGAAAGUUCAGAGGUGAUGAGUGUGUUGUCUUUGUGUAAAGGAGUGGAGCUCGAUCUCACAUCACUCUUCCCUCUUCCCCGAGUCCUUUCUAAACUCUCCCCCGGGUGCCUACCCUCCCGAACCUCUCCCCUUCUACCCUUACAACCCCAACCCUCCCCCCGAUCACUUACCAGCACACGAACCAGGUAAGUUUUGCUCUUAUAUUUGCACUUCUGUGUGUCAGUUUUUGUUGUGAUUAGAAGUAAAGGGGGGGAAAGAAAUCGCGCCCAGGAGCUAGCAUGCUAACAGGCCGCGUGAUGAUGAGCACGCAGUCCCCGUACAGGAUCACUUGCUCGGCUCAGCUAACCUAGCCAGCUACGGCAAAGUUUGAUUUUAAUGUCGCUUUUAAAACACAACGGUCUCAUCUUUAGCAGCUAAAAUGAGUCAAAAUGAGAGCUAGCCGCCAAGCCGCUAAAACCACCGAUGUUUUGUUCGCUUUUAGUGCGUUAAAUAAUUAAGCAAACUAGCUAGCUUAGCUAAUUCCGCACGCAUGCUUCAUUCAUUUUCCCAUCACUAUGCUAACCGGCUAACAGUUACAACAAGGGUUAAUAGUUAAAGGGACUAACUUUAAACUAAACACGAGUGGAAAAGGACGUACAAAAAGCACUUCUCAAAGUUGGUGUUUUUCACUAUUAUUGGUCUCUGUUGAUAAACUUGCUUUACAGUAAAGGAUGAAGUCAUCGUUAGCAUACAAGUGAUGUUUUCAGGCAGCGUUUUAACUUGUUUCAGGUUGGAUAAAAAUGUGUAAAAGCUGAAUAAACGUGUCUGUAAACUGAUGCAGUAUGUUGUCAGUACGGUAUAAGUGAGUCAUUGACUGUCGUAUUGAUUAUCUUUCAAUAAAUGUGCGUGAGCGUUAGCCCAGACACACAUCCUAGUCAUUAUAGCUUUAUUCGUGUUUACGCUUUAAGUUUUUAAACCCAUAAAUAACUUCUAAUACAAUCAUUUUAUGUUAUUUGUGUAUUCAGAAUUUAUCAUUGUGUUUCAGUCUUUGUUUACAUUAUCAGACAGGUGAUUAUUGCUCUCAAAAUGUAUCAUGAUAGUGGUGCACAGGUGUCACUCGUGUUUGUCCCCUUAAAGGGAUAUUCCGGCGAAAAAUUGAUUUAAGGUCAAACACACCACAACACCUUGCUUCUCUAGUUAUACCAGCUUCAGUAAGGACCGCACGAUAGCAAUACACAGUGGUCUACGUCUCCACAUGUAAACCUCAACCACCACAGCACCUAACUUCAUCAACAGUACAUAUAGUGUCCCAGCCAUAGCACUAACCACCAAACAUCUCUUUAACUUUACCUAUUUUUUUUAGCAAAGAGACUAAACACAACUCACCAACUCUCUUCCAGCAGCCGCUUGUUUGUAGCAAGACCUCAGGCCAGUCCAUUACGGACUGCUGCAGGGUUACGCAGCUCAAGGAAGAACAUUUAUGAUCAUUUGAGACGCUGAGGCAGAAGAACCACGGUGUCUGCAGUGCAAAAUGGUUGAUAUGAUGAUUAUUAUGUCUAGGAAAUGAUAAAGAAAUGAUCAUAAAUGUUCUUCCUUGAGCUGCGAAACUCCGCUGCAGUCAGUUUGGACUCGCCUGUGAGACAGUGAGUUGUGUUUAGUCUCUUUGCUAAAGAAAUUAGGCAAAGCUAAAAAGAUGUUUGGUAGCUAGUACUAUGGCUGGGACCCUUUGUACUGUUGAUGAAGCUAGGUGCUGUUCUGAGCAUUAUUUGUGGUUAUAGAGUGGCGUUUUAGUUGAGGUUUGUUUAUGGCUCCUCAGACCACUGUGUAUCGCUAUCCUGCGGUCGUUACUAAAGUUGGUCUAAGUAGAGAGGCAAGCGGUCGGCAAUAUUCAUCUCUCAAGGGGGUGUCUAACUCGUUAUUACGUUGUGUUUGACCCUAAAUUAAUUUUACGCCGGAAUAUCCCUUUAACACCUUUUAGUUAUCACCCCUCUCACCAUGUCCUCACAAAGUGAACAUGGGAAAGCUUUUCUAAAGUUGAGUUUAUUCCAGAGCUGUUGCAUUAGAUUGUGGCAGAUGAGCAUAUUCUAGGAUUCCGAUAAUCAAAGCCUGCUGUUAUCUCUUCAAAGCAAGGAAUUUUACCAUGAACAUGUCCUAAAGAGAGAUGUUUAUUAUCUACCACUUUUGAAGACCAUAUGUGGAGCACAACACCAUUUCUUCUUAGCAUCAAAAUCUGUUACAUCAUGUGUGAUUUCUCAUCCGCCCCUCAGAUCCAUCUUGGUGACCAAAGACCCCAGUUCUUUUCAAACAGCUCAGUUGCAGUCAUGGACUCCGGUGUGAUUGAAGGUGGACUCAAUGUCACCCUUACCAUCAGGCUGCUCAUGCAUGGCAAGGUGAGAUCAUCCAUCAGCUGCUUGUGUCGGCACUCUAAAAGUCUGUGGUAUUAUAUUUAUGGGUAUGAGUGUUCCCCCGGGGGGUAAAAAGGGCAAGGACUUUGAAGUGAUGAGUAAGUGUAUUGACUCGGUGAUGGGAUCCUGUAUCUCAAAGCAAAGUGGGGUGAUGUCUAGAGUGUUGCCUCAUUGUACCUUUUGAAAUAGAAAAUAGAGUUUGCCUCACAUCUGUACAGGAUAUUCUCCCAGUUGUACCCGCUGCGCUCAGAUGUCGGUUUGUGUCUGUAUUUUUCACUACUAAUGGAACUUGUUUGCUUUUCAACUGAGAGCAAAAUCAUUGAUUCUUUGAUUGCGGUACACAUCUCUUCUCUGAUUCUCUGUGAAUGAUGACAGAGCCAAAUAUAUCAGCAAUAAAUGGAAUAUCAAAUGACACCGCUGUCAGCUCUACAGCAGAUACUUGGUAAAAUGCACCACUGGCAGGCAUGUUGUGCAAAUAAGCCUGGUGUAGCUUUUCCAGUUGCAGUAAAGGCAUGUACUUGUUGCAUCUGGAGUCUUAUUAAUGUGGCAAAUGUAUCAAAUCCAUCACCUUGCACAGUGGAUACUAUUAACAUAUCAAACUGGGAAUUAAAAAAGUAACAGGAAAAAAUAGUUAUCAUCCUGAAGCUGCCUGCAGUUUAUGUGCUUGCUUUAAGAAAUCCUGGGUCUCUUUUGUGGUUAAAAGCACCAUCUUGAGUCUGUGUAGGCUUAGACAGAAACAAAAAGUGAAAAACAACAAACCAAGCUAGGAAUUAUGAUGAAUCAGGCUGCUUGAGUGUUUCCCCCAGUUUUGGGACAACUAGCUGAACCACUUGUAAACAACUUUGAUCCCUUUAACCCUGAUUCAAAGAGUGUAAAUAAAGAAAUGUAAUGCAUAUAUUGCCUCAUUUAUUGGUGGUAGAGGUAGUAAUAGUAGUUAAAUGAAUCUAAUGAACCUAUCUUCCUCCUAUUUCAGGAAGUCGGAAGUAUUAUUGGCAAGGUAAGAGGGCUGUAUACUGUACCUGAACUUUUUUUUCAUAUUUAAAAAUGUAUCUGAAAGUUUCAGAGGUCUGACUCAGAUGUGGUUCUUUACCAACAGAAAGGUGAAUCUGUGAAGAAGAUGAGAGAAGAGGUGAGUGUCUUCUUAUUUCUGUGCUCCAGUUAUUGAAGCAGGAUGUAAUGUUACAAUUACCAAGAGAUCACACUUUGCAGAUUUGCAGUUUGGCUUCACCACAAAGAGCUCUCUCAAUUUGUUUCUUCCUUUUGCGUCACUCUUUCCUCGCAGAGUGGGGCUCGCAUCAACAUCUCUGAGGGCAAUUGUCCUGAGAGGAUCAUAACUUUGGCAGGUCCAACCACCGCCAUCUUUAAAGCAUUCUCCAUGAUCAUUGAAAAGCUUGAGGAGGUAGGUCAGAGAAAUAAAGACGUAAUGGAUUCACCGGUCGGCAGUAAUUGGCUUAACCACAAACUACAUUAACCUUGAUUGUUUAUAUGAUUUUCAGGACAUAAGCAGCUCAAUGACAAACAGCACAGCCACCAGCAAGCCCCCAGUGACUCUGCGCAUUGUGGUGCCUGCCAGCCAGUGCGGCUCCCUCAUUGGGAAAGGUGGCUGCAAGAUCAAGGAAAUUCGAGAGGUAUGCGAGAGAAAAAAAGACCAUGGCAUACGAAACACAUGUAGUGGAAUUAGUGAGCUUUUUUCUCUGCAGCAUUGACCCAUCAUUCCCAGUCAAGCACUGAAACACAUCAGGUCCGGUUUCCUCAUACUCUGCAUUUGUAUUCCAGUCUACCGGUGCUCAGGUACAAGUGGCAGGAGACAUGCUUCCAAACUCCACAGAGAGAGCCAUCACCAUCGCUGGGACCCCCCAGUCGAUAAUUGAGUGUGUGAAGCAGAUCUGUGUGGUCAUGCUCGAGGUAAGUGGACUCAUAACUCAUGAUUUUAUAUUUUUAUAUUCUGACUGUUGUUUUUAUGAUUAUUUUUAUCGCUAUUUUAUUGUUUUUACUAUUGCCUUUUACUGUGUGCACUUUGAGGUCUGUUUUCUCAGAUGUGAGGCACAUCAUGAAUAAAAUGUGUUAUUGUUGUUGUUGUUGUUAUUAUUUAUUUAUUAUGGUUUUUUUUUAUUGUAAAUGCAUCAAAGCAAAUGUAGUGGCAGCUGUUGACCUGAAAAUAAAAUAUGUUAACUUAUUUACAUAAUAAUAGAUUGUAACCCCAAUCCAAAACCAGCUAUAAAACAUAUUCAAGUCGCAUCAAUCCGUAUUAUUUUACUCGUGCAUCUAUGACUUUUACUUUUUAAACUAUACUUUUUAACUUUUCUGCUUUGAUUGCUGAACCAGUCAAAAAACACAGUUCUAGCCUGCUGGGAUUUCCCUCAAUCUGUCUGCAAUAAAAUCGGGUGUGAAUGUUUUUACUCACUGCCUUCUUUUUGUCUUCUGUUCAGUCUCCCCCUAAGGGGGUCACUAUCCCCUACCGACCCAAGCCUUCAGGAUCCCCCGUCAUCUUUGCAGGCGGACAGGUACAGUGGGCAUGACAGGUGGACACAGAUCCAUCCCUUUUAUCCACUGUGCUGUGGGGUUGUUUCAUUGCUGUACUUGUCUGUCAUUUAAACCAGUGUUUGUGUUGGAUGUGGAUCUGGGAUGAACAUUGCAGAUAUGAAUGUUAAAAACUGUGAGGGACAUAUCCAUUUUUAUACAUCAUGGUUGUAAUUUGCAAAGUCUCUAAAUUGAGGAUUUAGCUGUAGUCAAGAUUUCUUCUUGUGAUACUUUGAAGAGCUUUUUUCAAACCUGAUAUUUACCGUGUGUUACAGACCUUCUCUCUCUUUGUUCCUUUGCUCUGUUAAUGUUUAUUGUUUAGAGCUUUUGGCUUUUCUCCCCACUAUUGUUUGUCUGAACCAAAUGCUUUCUGUUGCUUGUCAGCUUAACAACACAAGGUCUUUUUAUCUCACAGAAUUUCUUUUUUUUAUUCUCUAAAGAGAGAAAUUCCUCCUCCUGGUUUCUUAAUGUAUCUAAGAUUUCUUUUUUUUCCCAGAAAUGUGGAGACUUUGGACAAGACUUGCGUGUUGAUGUUAUCACAUGGUAUUAGUUAAGGACAGGCUUUGAUGUAUGCCGAUUUUAAGGAGAUUCUCAUUUGAACUGAGAUGAAGCUGCAGAGUGAACUUCACCAAAAAAUCCAAAUCAGAUGUGAGGCCUAUGAAAGCUUUGUUUUCAUUUGUUUCAGGCAUAUGCCGUACAAGGACAGCACGCGAUUCCACAGCCAGAUGUAAGUGCAGUAGACAUUUUUACAUGACCCCACCCCCCUCACCACUUCCCACCCAUAAUUACAGCUAUCCUCUCCCAAAAUAUGCAACUGCACACCCACCCACCCUCCCACGCCUCAUUUUACAGCCUCUAACUGUAUCUGAACAUGCCCCUAAUUUAAUUUGACCCACUAUGAUCAGGUUCUGAGUCAUUUGGAGAUGUCAGUACUCCAUGUUUGUUUUUGUUCCUCAGUUGAUCGACAGUCGGUUGCUAAUUGAACUGACAUUUGUUGUUUGUGUUUGUCCAGAAUCUCCACUGUUCCAUGAAUAAUAAUCUGUUCCCGCUGCUCACUCUUUUCUCUUCUUUUUUUUUUGUUCUGUCUUGUGUUACAUGCUUCGUUCAUUAGUCUGUCCCAGAUAAACAUGUGGUUCUUUUUUCUCCCCGUCUGUCUCUGUAACCCUUCAUUAGUACUUUGUGUCUCUCAACCCAAUUAAUCUUUCUCUUUUUUUUUUAAUGACCCAAAGCGGGCUCCAUCAGGAGAACUGGAUGUGAUGAAAGACUGUUUCUUAUGGUUUUGUUUGAAAGUGGAUCUUGAAAGCAGAACAAGGGAGUUUGAGUCGGAAAUAAAUGAGGGUGUUUUAAUCAGAGCUGUACCUGGCCAAGAAGUUUACGUCGAAUCAAAUUUGGCUCCUUCAAAGAUUACUCACCUCACUUCACUCCUAGCUCAGUGUACAUAAAGCCGAAAACUUGCAGGAUCCGUGUUGAGCACGUUCUGUCAGCUUUGCGUAUCUGCUUCGUCAAGCAGUGCCGUCUAUCGCCCACAGGGUGCAUGUUUGGAGCGUGUCAGCAGUGUAGUGCAGCCCCAGUCAGCUGGGCUCAGUAUAGAGGAAACAACAUGCUCACAACAGGUUGUUUUGCCUUUCUGUGGUGUAUUUCCUGCUAAUUUGGAUAUAAUUCAGUGACUGUUGAGCCUCUAUAAAGUAAACCAUGUUCCUUUAUGUUAAAAGUCCUGUUGGGGUCCACAUGGAUCAGGGAUUGACCGUUGGAUUGUUCUGUGUUACUGAUAAAUCUAUAACCAGGAAGUAUUUCUCAUCUUCAUGAACUGUUACACAGUCAAGGGGUUCGCAUUUGGUGUUUUAUUUUGAAAUUUACCGGAUGGCAGGCAUGGUUUUUAUGCUUGGCAUCCUGUCUUCAACGACCCUGUGUAGAUUGACACGUGUUGGAAGUGUAGAGCAGAGAAAAUAGACUCGGCGCGUAUCUCUAGCAGAGCCGCGCUUCUGAGACGGAGCUGUGACAGAGCUGAUGCGCAUCCUGUGUACGAUGCUGCAUUGAUUAGAAUGGGAACCUAUUUGCUGCAUGACAUGCGAUGCUGACGUAAUGCGCUCAACACAAAUCCGGUAUGUUUCAGGCUUCAGUCUCAUUUCAUCCUUUAGACAAACCCUUAUGAAAGUUUUGUAAAAGUAUUAGCUUCUGGUUGAGAGUUUCCAGUCGUGUAUCAAUCAGAGUUUAAGUAGAGAGUAUAUAGCAGCCCUCAACCUGCUAAGAAGAACAGGAGUGAAAAAAAUCAGAUUUUGUUGUGGCCAUUUUAAACUUUAUUUUUGUCUGUUUUUGGAAAAGAGGAAGAGCCUGUGCUGCAGUGAAAACCUUGUGAAUCAUGAACUCUGAAGGUAUCCUGACUUUAAAAAAAAAAUUUGCCUCAAAGCCAAAGAUGUGCUGGUGGACACUCGGACCUGGAGAAAUGUUGAUUUCCUUUGUUUCUAUGUCAGCUUUAUGCUGGUUUUAAUCACAGUUUGAGGGAAGACCUUUAAACAUAAUUCAACUAGCUGUGUUUAUUUUAGUUGUUGAAAAAAAGUAUCCUGAAAGGGAAAAACACAAAUUUCCAGAGUUUUGCUCUUAAGCUGUCUUCUCAGCUGGUAAAUGGAAUAAUUUAUCUCCAGGAUUCAACAUUUAUUCAACAUUUAAACAGCUAUAAUUUCCAUUCAUUAAGGCAGGGUAAGUCUUUAACAUUAGCUGUCUUGUUGAUUCGUUUUAAAAAGCAACAAAGACAACUCUCUCUUUCAUGAAUUGGGUUGAUAUUUAAAGGUAUGAUUACUAAGAUGGUCUCAGUUCAUACUAAGAGCUCCCCAUCCUCUCUAUUGUCACUGUGGGGUUGCCUCUCUUGCACUCGGGAGGAUUACCUGUGGGAGUACUUCGCAUAAAGCCAUAAAAAGAGAUUACAAAGCGAAGCCUCUCUCUUUUUUAUUUUUUUAAAUGUGUGUGUAUCAGUGUGAACUGACUGUGCUGUUUCUGUUCUGUUUCCCCUCUUCUGUGUUUCCCCCCAUUUCCUCCAUUUCUCUCCCUGCCUCCUCUCUCACUCUCACAGUCUUCCUCUGCUGCUAUCUCUCCACAGCUCACCAAGCUUCACCAGCUGGCUAUGCAGCAGAGCCCCUUCCCCAUUGCACCCAGCAACCAGGGAUUCACUGGUACGAAAACAAAACAAAUAGAUCCUUGUGGACGAGAAGUCAGAAAUGAUUGGACUCAUACAAAAUCAUAAAGAUCAGUUUGGAGAAAAGAGUAUUGUGUUGGUAACAAAGUGAAACAAUGAAAUUGACUCGUUAUCCUUAAUAGUUAAUAAUUCACGAAACAUCACAGAUGGUUUACCGGAGCAGCAGGAGCCUGCUCCACUUUUGAUAACAUCUACUGUAAUAAUAGCAAUUAUAACUUUCUGAUCCAUUCUCAGAGAUAUUGGGGGUGUAAUAGACUGUAAUUUGUUCUGUUUUAUGGUUGAAGCUGAUCCUAGUGUUUGAUACUCAUCACUAGCGUGUAAUAAAUCACAUGUAGUUCAAAAGACAAACUGAAGACUGGAGGUCUCUUUGAGAAGUUAGUAACCAGCUGUGAGACACUGGAAUUGAUUUACAAUCCCGUCAUGAUCGAUAAAAGCAAAAUAAUUACCACAGGGGUGGGGGGCUGACUUUCUCAUUCUGCUUCAGUGAGACUUACGGCUGUCAAAAUUGCUCCAAAAUGACGUUUGAUUAUUUGUCCUAAAAUUAACACAUAGGUUCGAACGUAUUUGCAUAUCUAGCUUACACAGCUUGCAUAUAAUUUUAUCUUGUGCAGCAUUUUUUUGUGUUUACUGUUUCUGCCCAAAAUCAUAAGAAUUUUCAAACAGAGCUUCUAAAGUUUGUUGGGGUCCAGCCCACUCUCUCUGAGUUUGGCUCCGAACCUCCCGCCAUCUCUCUCUGCAUGUGCCAUGGAUGGUUUUUGUCGAGUCUCACUUCAUGUGCAGCUCCUGUGAGCGAUAUAUUUUUUUUAUUGGAUGGUAGGCCCUGCCUCCUUCGCCUCUGAUUGGUUAGGAAAGCUGGAAACGUCAUCACACGCUCAAGCCGAGCACGGUCUGUCGGCUCUGUACAUCGAACAGAACAUUAUCACAAUUCUUAAUCUCCUAACCCUAACCCGACAGAUGAUGAUGUCUCACAGCCAUAAGGAAUAACCAAUCGGAGCACAGCACUUCUAGCCAAUCAGAGGAGAAGUAGGCAGUACCUUCCCCUACCAUCCCAUGAAAAAAUAUCGUCCCCUGUGACCUGUCCCUGACCCAUCGUUACAGUGCACUCACUUGCAAAGCAGCCGCAGUUUUUUUUUCGUUCUUUCUUUUGUUUUUCAAUUUUUGCCUGCUGUUUAAUUAAUAUUCAAAUAUUAUUUUUCACAUUCAAAUCUCUUUUUUUAAAUAUUUUCACAUAUAUUCAAAUUUCGACUAUCCAUUGACAGCCCUGGUAAGACUUGUAAUCCAGUUUUUAUGGUGUUUGGCUCUUCAAAGAAAGCAGAAUGAGAUUUUUGCCAGAAAUAAGCAAAGAGAUGCGAGGCACAUCUCUGUCCACAGGGGGGCGCCAUAAUCAACCCAAAUUUAACGUUCUUCUCAGGUGCUUUAAUCUGAAAGUUUUUUUUUUUUUUUUUUUCAUUGUUAUCAAACCUUUACUACUGUUUUCCUGAUACAUUUGACUCAUUUUUUUUACACUCUGACCUGUUAGAAAUAACAAAACCUCACUUUUGUUUCUUGUCUUGCUUGUUUUUCAGGAAUAGAUGCUUCUGCCCAAACCAGUUCACAUGAAAUGACCAUUCCAAAUGAUGUAAGAUUUCAAAGUCAUUUCCCCUGAUUAAGCCAAUGCAUAUUUCAUUAUCCAUCCAUGAUAAAUGUGAUAAAGAUAAAACUGAGAGUGGGAAAUUAAAGGCAGAAGAAUUUUAAGGACGCACUUUUGUGGAUUUCUUUCCCCUAACUGUCUCGCUCUCUUCACACGACAGCUCAUCGGUUGCAUCAUUGGCCGCCAGGGAGCAAAGAUCAACGAGAUCAGGCAAAUGUCAGGCGCCCAGAUCAAGAUUGCAAAUCCAGUGGAUGGAUCGACUGACCGCCAGGUCACCAUCACAGGGUCGCCUGCCAGCAUCAGUCUGGCAGAGUACCUCAUCAACGCCAGGUGAGAUCAUCACUGUGACCUGAUUUUAGCGCUUCGCAGAAACUGACCCAAACAAACAAACAUUAGGUAUGUUUGUGUCACUUUGAUGGAUGUGUUCAGGAGAAGCUGGUCGAGUUAUUCCCAAGUCUCCCAAAGUCACUAAUCUGUUAAAGAAAAAGAAAACCUGGCCCACCUGCUGCUUUAAUUUCUGUUCUUAUUUAAUGGACUAUUUAAGGGUAUAUUUGUGGCUUCUGCUAAUCAUCACUGUGUCGUUGCUACCUCUCUGUCAGUCUGCAUGUGUGCUUCUUUUCCCUUGACUCCACAUUGAUCCUUCACUAGAGAGGGUUCGCCCUCUGUCUUUGAAAAUCAUUGAUUUAGUUUGGGAUUGACACAUUCUUUUCUAAUGAAGCUUUUGUCUUGUGUUUUGAUCAUAUCCCUGAGUGAUCCCCCCCUCACCCCUCACCCCUCCUCCUCUCCCUUCCUCCCCCCCUUCCUUCUCCCCAUUGCUCACCAGCCUGCCCUGUGACCCAUCCCGACUGUGUUGUCCCUCUCUCCUUGUCUCUCUUUCUACAGUGUAGAGUCCUCUAAACCUCCUCCCUCCUCCUCCUCCUUGAACCCCGAACAGACCAGCCUGUGCCCUCCCUCCACCUCUACUACUACUACUACUACCACUACUACUACUACUACCACCACCACCUCCUCUGCCGCUACCUCCUCCUUCUCCUCCUCUUCCUCCUCCUCCUCUUCCUCUUCCUGUGUGGUGCCCCCCUCAGCCUCCAUCCCUCUGUCCUUGUUGGCUCCAGGGCCGCCUCCUCCUCCUUCCUCCUCCUCCUCCUCUUCUUCCUCCUCCACUGACUCCCUGCUCCCCAGCUCUCCUGCCUGUGUGUCAAGUCUUCUCAGUCUCAAGCCCCUCCCUCUCCUGGCCCUCCAUGUUGUCAGCGGGGCCAGUAACCCCGCCCACCCAAUGCCCACUGAGCCCAAAAUCGCUCCCGAGUUGAGCUCCAAGUCUAAAAGGCGGAGGCUCUCCCCUUACUAACCAAGGAAAAAAAGUCAUCUACUACUGAAGUGCUGACAAUGUUGUUGUCCGUACCUGCACUCGCUUUUGUGUCUGGCUGAGCCAUGCCAUGCUUCACUUACAACAGAAAACAAACGCACACAAACCCGUGUUACACAGCCAGACACAUGGUUGCUGCCAUAUUUAUAAAGUAGAUAUCUGUAGCUUGAUCCGGCCUGUCUCUUUAAGAAAUAACCUGUUGAGUGCAUUAUAUUUUUAAAGACUCUGAACUUAGCAUGGACACUUAAGCAUUUCUCUCUUUGUGUAAGCUCUGCUCAGGUAGCGGCUCUCUUUAAGAUGUCACAUUGUAUUUAUGGGGAUAGUUUUUCUUCUAGUGAAUUUUGAGUGACUAUUGUAAGCAGUCAUGAUGUUAAAGUACAUGUAACAUGGUGAUUUUGUUAAUUUAUAUAUUGCUUGUGUAAGAAGCAAUUGUAAUAUUACUUCCAAUUAAAUCUGUCCUCAGGUAUCAAAGGCCACCGAUCAUUUAGAUCUUUUUGUUAAAUAGGUGAUAUAAUGACACCCAGUUGUUAUAGAUUCAGGUUAAGCAAACAGUCUGACAUAUUGGGAAACGCUUUUUCGCUUUAUCGUUACAGUUUAAAGUUAAGAAAUCUCUUUGGCUCUGCAGGAAGCAUGUUAUUAAAAGGUGGUUGAUUUAGCUCGACACAAAGAUGGGAAACAAGGAGUCAGUCUACUAACUGCACCACCAGUUAAUCUUCUUAAGCACCAGUAAAAAAACAUUAAACCUCUAUGGUCUGACCUGCGGGUGACAUCCAAGUCCAUACAAAAUAUAUCAUCAUGAUAUGAAAUAAAUUUGACUGCUACUUGAUUCUUUUGUAGAAUUGCAAUUGGAAAGACAAGCUAGAGCGCUAGAUUUCACCCUGAAAUGUAAUGAUUGGAGGGAUAUGUGUCCAAUAUUAGGAGUGGGACUCACUACUGGCCCCACGAUACGAUAUUAUCGUGAUACUUAAGACAUGAUACGAUGUUAUCAUGAUACUUGAGACAGGAUACGAUAUUAUCACAAUACUUGGGCCGUGAUACAAUAUUAUCAUGAUACUUGGGCCAUGAUAUGAUAUUAUCACGAUACUUGGGCCACAAUACGACACAAUAUUAUCACAAUACUUGGGCCACGACAUAUUAUCACGAUACUUGGGCCACAAUAUGAUAUUAUCUCGAUACUUGGGCCAUGAUACGAUAUUGGCCACGAUACAAUAUUACUGCAAUUUUUAACAUUUUUUCGACCGUUAGCUAAUUUAGUAUUUGUCUUUCCUUUAUGUUUGUCUUAUUUACACAGGAUUUUAUUUUUAUGUAGCACGUCUUGCAAAUCUUAUGCUUGUUGCACUAACUAUCUCCUGCUCUAUUUCACCUUGCUAACCUCACUGGACAAACAGGCAAAAUAUCACGAUACUAUGCUGUAUCGAUUUUAUUUCAAUAUUACUGAAGCUCCUAUUAUAUUCAACAUAAUUCAGGGAGUUUUGAUCGCGCCACUAAAAAAAUGUUCUGUAACAGGCUGUUAAACUACUUAAAAAGCAGAGUUAAGAUUAAUCUGAAUGUAUUACUGCAAAAGUAAUAUUGGGUACCCUAACAUACUCUACCACAGCAGACCUAUGAUCUAUUCUACUCCUGCCAAUAAGUGUCAAUAUUCAACCUCAGACUCCUCUGAAUCCCAGUGUUCAAUAGACCAUCGCCUGAGUGAUUCACAACAUCAAUCCUUCAAACCAACUCAUUUUGGUUUUGCAGUGACAGCGUGUCCAGAUAUUUCUAGAGCUUGGGGAAAAUGACUUCCUGUCAUGAGCUUGUUGCCUGGCAACUCCUCAGUGACAACAAGAAGGGGAGGUUGCAUGUUUUUAUUGUGCGGUAAAAAUAGAAGAUGCAGUACUAAGAAGUGAGCUUUCAGAGUGCUGGUAGCUGGAUUACACUCAGAUGGAGCCGGGCGAGCUCUGUCAAACUGUUUCCUGUCUUUGUGCUGAGCUGAGUUAAAAGGGUGAUAGGCUGCUAUCUCUUCUGAUUACUUUUAAGAAUGCAAAGAAGUGUUUCCCAGAUGUUGAACUUUCUUCAGCUCAGCUCCAUAACCAAACUGUUCAGUGUUGGUUUGUACUCAGACUCUGAACAGCUGUUGGUUAAGAAAAGUGGUCAUUAAACAAACCGUAGUAGUUGUUUUGUUUUUUGUUUUUGUUUUUUAAUAUUUAAAGAAGCAUUUUAUGAUGAUGAUGUGAUGAUGUAGAGUAAAAUGACAUUUAUCCUGUCUGUCUGAUUGCAUGCCUUAUUCUCUCUCUCUCCCUGGUCUCCGGGUGUCUCUCUGUCUGUCUCUCCAGGCUUUCCUCUGAGGCCACAGGACUGGCAGCCAACUGAUAGGACACUGCAUCUGCACUAAAUCUCACUUUUAUAUCAUCGGCUACCAUUAAGCAGUCAAUGCAACUAUCCGACUCAAGAGUUUAUAUAUUAUACUGCCUCUUCCUCAUGAAAUCAUGUUCACCUGCCUCUGAUUUGAUCAUUAUUUAUUUCCUUUUGUUUUGGUUUUAGUCGAGAAGCAAACAAUUAGGUUUUAAAUUCCUUUUUUUUGAGUCGAGUUGGAGGUUUUAAUGAUUUGUUAUUAGACUUUUUUUUUUUUCUUUUUCGGACGAAUUCCUCGCUCUCUAUCCUUUUUAUUUUUAUUUUUUUUUCUUCCUUCGCCAUCACAGAGAAGUAGAGUUUGAUAACUCGUAAUAGGCAUAUAGAUUUAGUUCUGUACAGUCAGUUUUUUUCUUUAAAAAGGAAAAGACAAAAAAGGAAAAAUUAAAAAAAAAAAAAUCAAAAAUAAGAAUAGAGUGACUGUUUUAUUCUGUGUUUAUAUACACAAGCCCCCUUCCCUUCUCCUCAUCCAGCUCCACAUGUCGGUCAGUUUGUUCAUUUUAUGUCUAAACUUGCUUUAAUUAUCCCCAGCAUCCUCCCCUUUUUUGUCACAUUUUCAACUCAAGUGCUUGUAACAUAAAUUACACUUGUGUCACUGAAGAGAAAACGUAGCCGUAUAUGCACUGGCACUCAUUACAUUUGGUUUUGACGACAAAUGUUUUGACACUCACAAUUGAAUUAGCCAGAUCAUUUAAAAUGUGUUUGACUCCACGUGUCACUUUUCCACCCUCUACAUGUCAUUCCUGGUUUUUCCCGUCUCCUGCUCCUGGAAUUGUGUCGAUAUUUUGCUGGGAUUGGGAGGUUUUUGGGGGAUUUGGACUUGGCUCCAGGGAUCGGAAGCAGAGGGUUCUCGCUUUUUUUGUAAAGACUGAUAUAUACUAAAAAAAAAUCAUGUUGAAAUAUUUGUUUUAAAUGGAGGAAAUAUUUUUUUUUAAACUACCAAAGGGGGUGGGGAUAAACUCCUGGACACUGACUGAUCUGUCUAUUAAAUGUGAUGAGGCUGAGAACUGAAAUCAUGGAAGCUCUGGAACUAGACAAAGAAAGGGUUGUGAGUUAACACUAGUUUCCUGCUCUUUGCUUUGCUCGAGUCAGAAUUUAUUUUAUUUUUUAUUUGCAGGAAAGAAAAAAAACUUUUGUGCACGUUUUUGAGACUGUAGACCUGGGUGCCACAUUGUUAAAAAAAUACAGGAAUAAAAGAUGUGAAAUGCUCAAACCACAA